AUGAGUGGAGACCCGGAAAUGCAGUGUUUUGGCCCUGCUGCCAUAUACCUUCGUAAGCCAGAACGAGAGAGAAUUGAAGCUCAGAACACUCCCUUUGAUGCAAAGACAGCAUACUUUGUGGCAGAGCCAGCAGAGAUGUAUCUUAAGGGAAAGCUCAUGAAGAGGGAGGGUGGCAAAGCUACUGUCGAAAUACAGGGUGGAAAGACUCUUACAGUAAAAGAGGAUGACAUCCACCCCAUGAACCCUCCUAAGUUUGAUAAGAUUGAGGACAUGGCCAUGAUGACACAUCUGAGUGAGCCCUCUGUGCUGUAUAACCUCAAAGAGCGUUAUGCAGCGUGGAUGAUCUACACCUACUCUGGGCUGUUCUGUGUGACUGUGAACCCCUACAAGUGGCUCCCAGUGUAUGAUGCAGCAGUUGUGGCAGGAUACAGAGGCAAGAAGAGAGUGGAGGCUCCUCCCCACAUCUUCUCCAUCUCUGACAAUGCCUAUCAGUUCAUGCUCCAAGACAGGGAAAACCAGUCCAUCCUGAUCACCGGAGAAUCCGGAGCAGGAAAGACAGUCAACACUAAGCGUGUCAUCCAGUACUUUGCAACAAUUGCUGUGGCUGGAGGAAAAAAGGCAGAGUCUGCUCCAGGAAAGAUGCAGGGGUCGCUGGAAGAUCAAAUCAUUGCAGCAAACCCACUGCUGGAGGCUUAUGGCAAUGCCAAGACUGUGAGAAAUGACAACUCAUCUCGUUUUGGUAAAUUUAUCAGAAUCCAUUUUGCGACAACUGGAAAGUUGGCAUCUGCUGAUAUUGAAACAUACCUGCUGGAGAAAUCUCGAGUGACCUUCCAACUGUCUGCUGAGAGGAGCUACCACAUCUUCUACCAGCUCUGCACAGGACACAAGCCUGAACUGUUAGAGGCUCUUCUGAUCACAACAAACCCAUAUGACUACCCCAUGAUUAGUCAGGGAGAAAUCACUGUCAAGAGUAUCAAUGAUGUUGAAGAAUUCAUCGCUACUGAUACUGCCAUUGAUAUUCUGGGAUUCACUGGUGAAGAAAAAAUGGGGAUUUUUAAGCUGACUGGUGCUGUGAUGCAUCAUGGGAACAUGAAGUUCAAGCAAAAGCAACGAGAAGAACAGGCUGAGCCUGACGGCACGGAAGUGGCUGAUAAAGUCGCAUACCUUCUGGGCCUAAACUCAGCGGACAUGCUCAAAGCUUUGUGCUACCCAAGAGUCAAAGUCGGUAAUGAAAUGGUUGUAAAAGGCCAGACAGUUCCACAGGUCAACAACGCUGUGUCAGCUCUGUGUAAAUCUGUCUAUGAGAAAAUGUUCUUGUGGAUGGUUGUCCGCAUUAACGAAAUGCUGGAUACGAAGCAGCCAAGGAACUUUUUCAUUGGUGUCCUGGAUAUUGCGGGUUUUGAAAUCUUUGAUUACAACAGUUUGGAGCAGCUGUGCAUCAACUUCACAAAUGAAAAACUGCAACAGUUUUUCAACCACCACAUGUUUGUCCUGGAGCAAGAAGAGUACAAGAAAGAAGGCAUUGAAUGGGAGUUCAUUGACUUUGGGAUGGACUUGGCUGCCUGCAUUGAGCUUAUUGAGAAGCCAAUGGGCAUCUUCUCCAUCCUUGAAGAGGAGUGUAUGUUUCCAAAGGCAUCAGACACUACCUUCAAAAACAAACUGUAUGACCAGCAUCUGGGAAAAAGUGCCCCUUUUCAAAAACCCAAGCCAGCCAAGGGUAAAGCUGAGGCACAUUUCUCCCUUGUGCACUAUGCUGGCACUGUGGAUUAUAAUGUGACGGGCUGGUUGGACAAGAACAAGGACCCUCUGAACGACUCAGUGGUCCAGCUCUAUCAGAAGUCUUCAGUCAAGCUGCUGGCCAUGCUCUAUGCAUCUCAUGCUGGGACUGAUGGUCUCAUGGAGAACUUCCUGGUCAUCCACCAGUUGAGGUGUAAUGGAGUGCUGGAGGGAAUCCGCAUCUGCAGAAAAGGCUUCCCCAGUAGAAUCCUCUACGCAGACUUCAAGCAGAGAUACAAAGUGUUGAAUGCUAGUGUCAUCCCAGAGGGACAGUUUAUUGACAACAAAAAGGCCUCAGAGAAACUCUUGGGCUCUAUUGAUGUCGACCAAACCCAGUACAAAUUUGGACACACCAAGGUGUUUUUCAAAGCUGGUCUGCUGGGUACUCUGGAGGAAAUGAGAGAUGAGAAGUUGGUUGAGCUGGUCACAAUGACUCAGGCUCUGUGCAGAGGUUACGUCAUGAGAAAGGAGUUUGUGAAGAUGAUGCAGAGAAGGGAAGCCAUUUACUCAAUCCAGUACAACAUCCGCUCAUUCAUGAAUGUAAAAACAUGGCCAUGGAUGAAGCUGUACUUUAAGAUCAAGCCUCUUCUGAAGAGUGCAGAAACUGAAAAGGAAAUGGCCCAAAUGAAAGAGGAUUUUGAAAAGACAAAAGAAGAACUUGCAAAAGCGUUGGCCAAAAAGAAAGAGCUGGAAGAGAAAAUGGUCACUCUGCUCCAAGAGAAGAAUGACUUGGCAUUGCAAGUGCAAUCAGAAGGUGAAAACCUCUCUGAUGCAGAGGAAAGAUGUGAGCAGUUGAUCAAAUCCAAAAUCCAACUUGAAUCCAAAGUAAAAGAAACGUCUGAGAGACUGGAGGAUGAGGAGGAGAUCAAUGCUGAGCUGACGGCAAAGAAGAGGAAGCUGGAAGAUGAAUGCUCCGAGUUGAAAAAGGACAUUGACGACUUGGAGCUCACUCUGGCCAAAGUGGAGAAAGAAAAACAUGCAACAGAAAACAAGGUCAAAAACCUCACAGAGGAGAUGUCCUCUCUUGACGAAGCCAUUGUCAAGUUAACUAAGGAGAAGAAGGCUCUUCAGGAGUCCCACCAGCAGGUUCUGGAUGACCUUCAAGCAGAGGAAGACAAAGUCAAUUCUCUGACUAAGGCUAAAGCCAAACUGGAGCAGCAAGUUGAUGAUCUGGAAGGCUCUCUUGAGCAAGAAAAGAAGAUUCGCAUGGAUCUUGAAAGAAGCAAAAGGAAACUUGAAGGAGACCUUAAACUGGCCCAUGAAACCAUCAUGGAUCUAGAAAACGACAAGCAGCAGUCUGAGGAGAAAAUUAAGAAGAGGGACUUUGAGAUGAGCCAGCUUCUCAGUAAAAUUGAAGAUGAACAGGCAAUUGAAAUCCAGCUUCAAAAGAAAAUCAAGGAGCUACAAGCUCGUAUUGAGGAGCUGGAGGAGGAAAUUGAAGCUGAGCGAGCGGCCCGGGCUAAAGUAGAAAAACAGCGCUCAGAUCUCUCAAGAGAACUUGAGGAGAUCAGCGAGAGGUUGGAGGAAGCUGGCGGAGCCACAUCCGUCCAGAUUGAGAUGAAUAAAAAGCGUGAGUCCGAGUUUCAAAAACUACGGAGAGAUCUGGAAGAAUCCACUCUUCAUCAUGAGGCCACUGCUGCUGCACUGCGCAAAAAGCAGGCUGACAGUGUGGCUGAACUGGGAGAGCAGAUUGACAACCUCCAGAGAGUCAAGCAAAAACUGGAGAAGGAGAAGAGUGAAUACAAGAUGGAGAUUGACGAUCUUACAAGCAACAUGGAGGCUGUUGCUAAAGCUAAAGGCAAUUUGGAAAAAAUGUGUCGUUCCCUUGAAGAUCAGCUUGGUGAAAUCAAGUCUAAGAAUGAGGAGCAUGUGCGUCAAUUAAAUGAAAUGAAUGCCCAAAGAGCAAGACUGAUGACAGAAAAUGGUGAGAUUGGUCGUAAUCUGGAAGAAAAGGAGUCUCUUGUUUCACAACUUAUGAGAGGAAAACAGGCUUAUGUCCACCAAAUUGAGGAGCUCAAAAGACACCUUGAGGAGGAAGUUAAAGCUAAAAAUGCCCUGGCUCACAGCCUGCAGUCAUCCCGUCAUGACUGUGACCUGCUCAGAGAGCAGUAUGAGGAAGAGCAAGAGGCCAAGGCCGAGCUGCAGCGAGCACUGUCCAAGGCCAACAGUGAAGUGGCUCAGUGGAGAACCAAAUAUGAGACUGAUGCCAUUCAGCGCACUGAGGAGCUGGAGGAGGCCAAGAAAAAGCUGGCACAGCGUCUCCAGGAUGCAGAGGAAUCAAUUGAGGCUGUGAAUGCAAAAUGUGCCUCUCUAGAAAAGACCAAGCAGAGGCUUCAGGGCGAAGUGGAAGACCUGAUGAUCGAUGUGGAAAGAGCGAAUAGUCUCGCAGCUACACUGGACAAAAAACAAAGGAACUUUGACAAGGUUCUUGCAGAAUGGAAACAGAAGUAUGAGGAGAGCCAGGCUGAACUGGAGGGAGCUCAGAAAGAAGCUCGCUCUCUCAGCACAGAAAUGUUUAAACUGAAGAACUCCUAUGAAGAGACUUUGGACCAUCUGGAGACUCUGAAGAGAGAAAACAAAAACUUGCAACAGGAAAUCACUGACUUGACAGAAUACCUUGGUGAAUCAGGAAAGACAAUCCAUGAACUGGAAAAGGGUAAGAAGUCAGUAGAGAGUGAGAAAGCAGAAAUUCAAACAGCCUUGGAGGAGGCUGAGGCCACAUUGGAGCAUGAGGAGUCAAAGAUCCUUCGUGUUCAGCUUGAAUUGACACAGGUCAAGGGUGAAAUUGACAGGAAACUGGCAGAAAAGGAUGAAGAGAUUGAGCAGAUCAAGAGGAACAGCCAGAGAGUCAUUGAGACCAUGCAGAGCACUUUGGAUGCUGAAAUCAGGAGCAGAAACGAUGCCCUGAGAAUCAAGAAGAAGAUGGAGGGAGACCUGAAUGAAAUGGAGAUUCAGCUGAGCCAUGCGAACCGCCAGGCUGCUGAAGCACAGAAACAACUGAGGAAUGUGCAGGGCCAGCUCAAGGAUGCACAACUGCACCUUGACGAGGCCCUCAGGGGCCAAGAUGAAAUGAAGGAGCAAGUGGCCAUGGUGGAGCGCAGGAACAACCUGAUGCUGGCAGAGAUCGAGGAGCUGAGAGCUGCUCUGGAACAAACCGAGAGAAGCCGCAAAGUGGCUGAACAAGAGCUGGUGGACGCCAGCGAGCGCGUGGGACUCCUCCACUCUCAAAAUACCAACCUUAUCAACACCAAAAGGAAGAUUGAAGCUGACCUUAUGCAGAUACAAGGUGAAGUAGAGGAUGCUAUUCAGGAAGCAAGAAAUGCUGAAGAAAAGGCCAAAAAAGCAAUCACUGAUGCUGCCAUGAUGGCAGAGGAGCUGAAGAAGGAGCAAGACACCAGCUCUCAUCUGGAGAGGAUGAAGAAAAAUCUGGAGGUGACUGUGAAGGACUUGCAGCUUCGUCUGGAUGAGGCUGAGAACCUGGCUAUGAAGGGCGGCAAGAAGCAGCUCCAAAAACUUGAGGCUAGGGUUCGAGAGUUGGAAUCUGAGGUUGAUGCUGAACAGAGGCGUGGUGCUGAGGCUAUUAAAGGUGUUCGCAAAUAUGAGCGGAGAGUAAAGGAACUCUCGUACCAGACUGAAGAAGAUAAGAAGAACAUUGCCCGCCUUCAGGAUCUAGUGGACAAACUUCAGCUGAAAGUGAAAUCAUACAAGCGGCAGUCAGAGGAGUCUGAGGAGCAGGCCAACACCCACCUUUGUCGAUACAGAAAGGUCCAACAUGAACUGGAAGAGGCUCAGGAGCGUGCGGACAUCGCUGAGACUCAGGUCAACAAGCUCAGGGCCAAGAGCCGCGACUUCAGGGGAAAAGAAGCUGAGGAGUGA